AUGCCCCCAAGAACGAUCCUUCCAAAAGAUGAACAAGGUUCAAGCGACGGAUUAGCCAGCAUGGCACCUCCAAAAUCCGCAAAGCGAAAAGCCGUUUCCUCUGCUUGUAUCCCAUGUCGCAAACGCAAGAGCAAGUGUGAUGGAGGCCUUCCUUCCUGUUCUACUUGUAUGGCGGUCUACCGUACAGACUGCAGCUACGACCAAGACACGGACCACCGGCGCAAAGGCGCACUUCGAAAAGACAUAGCAUCUCUACAAAACAAAAAUACUGCACUUGAUGUCGUCAUCAACUCCUUGUGCGCUCUCCCAGAAAAUGAGGCUACUUCGCUGUUCCAUAGUCUUCGCCGCGGUGAGAGAUUGGACUGCUUGGCCGAAGCCAUCAACGCUGGAGAUACCGAAAAACUACGAACAUUAGAUACCGAGCUCUCGGGCCCUUCAGGAACUCCGGGAGCCACUUUCCACACGCAAGCUCCUUCAACGCGAAACGAGUCGUCUCGCAGUCCUGUCGACGGGAAAUGGAACGAUGCAGGAAGCCAGAGCGCGGCAGCCGAAGCACCAUCAUCUUGGUUCCGUAUACCACAAGACGCCGAAUUCGUGGAUCAUCUGCUCAACCUCUACUUCUGCUGGAGUCAUCCUUUCUUCUGCUUCUUCUCCAAGGACCACUUUUUGAGGGAUAUGGCAAGGGGUUCGACCAAGUACUGUAGUGCUAUGCUAGUCAACGCGGUACUUUCAGUCGCCUGCCAAUACUCUGAUCGACCUGCAGCACGCGAAAGAGCAGGAGAUUACUUCUUUGGCGAAGCCCAAAGGCUUGCCGAGAACAUCGGUGCGGCAGAACUGACUGCUGUACAAGCUAUCGCAGUAAUGGCAGUAAGAGAGGGAUCCGCAGGCCGUGACCACAUCAGCUUUCGUCUCGUCGGAAGAGCUGUGCGCCUUGCUAUGGAAAUGGGUCUCCACUUAGCAGAGACCACUGCAGGAGAACCAAACUUGCGGUCUAGCGAAAUUGACAUCCGGAAGCUGACUUUCUGGGGUGUCUUCAACUGCGAGAUGAUAUGUUGUCUGUCGUUGGGCAGAGUAUCUUCGAUCCCUAAGAACGCGAUUGAAAUCGACAAACCUAUGAACUCGGAGAAGCUGGAUGCAUUGUUCUGGCAACCAUACGAGGACGCCAACUUGCCAGUCAGUCCCAGCGCCAUACAGCCCAUGAAGUGUCUACUUUUCCACAGCAUCCAGAGCAAACUCUCUGAGAUGAUCAACGAUAUCAACCUCAACCUUUACGCACCCAGAGAAAGAUUUACGCCUCGACGACUGGCGUCAGCAUACCACCAGUACCAAACGUGGUACAGUGAAUUGCCCGAGAUGUUCCAGCUCCAAAACACAGCAAUGCCCCACGUCAUUGUGCUUCACAUGUACUAUCAUCACUGCGUGCUACAUCUCUUCCGACCAUUUAUGAAGCUUGAUCUCUCAGACAUCGGACUCUUUCCCCGCGAGCUAGCGACCUAUUGUGCCACAGAGAUCUCUAAACUUAUGAACGCACUCCGCGGAAUGUACGGACUAAGACGAACGUCCCUAGCCGUUAGCCCCAUUGUUCUGUCGGCCAGCACAGUCCAUCUUAUGAAUCUUCCUUCUCAAGGCGCAGCAGUCCAGCUUACUCAAUCAAUGCAGGAUCUCGAUACGAUGUCUGUGAACCAUCGUUAUGCCUCGUGCUGUCUGGAGGUAAUCAAUCGACUUGCGAACCAGUGGGGUAUCAGAUUGCCUGAGGCCACUGCCAAUCUCGCACCCUUCCGAUCUCCGGACAUCAAUCAAGCCGUGCCGAACAUGGCACUGUUCUUC